AUGCCACCCUGGGCGCAGGCAGGCAGGCAGCAGAACAACUCCCCCCCCAUUAAAGGCACUGCAUUUCUACCUCCCCUGGGGGCAGGGCAGGAGACAAGGGACCCUGCACCCGGACCAGGAGCAGUGCCGGGGGGAAGUGGAGGGGUGGGGGAGACCCUCCCAGCUGUGCCGGGCAGCUCUGCCAGGGGCCAGAUGUGGCCAGACCCUUCCGCUGCAGUGGGGAAACCCUGUGGCGGGCAGCGCUGUCAGCAGCUGGAGCUGAAGGCGCUUUGGGCCUGGCUGGCACAGGCGGAGCAGGACAUCGAAGUCAUCCUGUCCUGCGCACAGAAAAGGGAGGAGCGUCUCCGGGCCCAAGUGGAGGUGCUGAGGAGCCAGAACCUGUUCCUGGUGCUGGCCCUCAAGGCCCAGAAAGAGCAGGACCAGGAUCAGGAUGACAGCCCCACGGAGACUUCCAUGGAUAUGGAGGGGAUGGCGGAGGAGUGCUGGCCACCCUGGAGGGGAAGCAUUAGCCCCCGCCAGGAAAUGGAGGCAGAGUCCCCUGAGGACAAGGGGACCCAGACCAACCUGCCCCAGUUUGUAGAGGCCAGCACCCAGGCAGAGGGCCCUGGGCACAAACAUGCCAGCACCCAGACCAGGGCCCUCUGCCUGUCUGAGACGGGGUGUCAGACCGAACCCCUGCCCGUGAUGGACGCUAGCACCCAAACAAAUGUUCACCACCGCCAAAAACGACCAGGACACGGGGAGAGUGAUGACUCAAGUUCAUCUUGGAGUCGACUAUGA